AUGUCUGCCGAUAACAAGGUUCUGGGCAUGCCGCCCUUCGUGGCCGACUUCCUGAUGGGUGGUGUCUCCGCCGCCGUCUCGAAGACCGCUGCUGCUCCUAUUGAGCGUGUCAAGCUUCUCAUCCAGAACCAGGAUGAGAUGAUCAAGUCUGGCCGUCUCUCCCACCGCUACUCCGGUAUUGGUGACUGCUUCAAGCGCACCAUUGCCGAUGAGGGUGCCCUCUCCCUGUGGCGUGGUAACACCGCCAACGUCAUCCGUUACUUCCCUACCCAGGCUCUUAACUUUGCCUUCAAGGACAAGUUCAAGAAGCUCUUCGGUUUCAAGAAGGAGCGUGACGGUUACGCUUGGUGGAUGGUCGGUAACCUGGCCUCCGGUGGUGCCGCUGGUGCCACUUCCAUGCUUUUCGUCUACUCUCUGGACUACGCCCGUACUCGUCUUGCCAACGAUGCCAAGAACGCCAAGUCUGGUGGUGCCCGCCAGUUCAACGGUCUUAUUGACGUCUACCGCAAGACCCUCGCCUCCGACGGUCUCGCCGGUCUCUACCGUGGUUUCAUGCCUUCCGUUGCCGGUAUCAUCGUCUACCGUGGUCUCUACUUCGGAAUGUACGACUCCAUCAAGCCCCUCCUCCCCAAGCACCUUGAGGGUAACUUCCUUGCCAACUUCGCUCUGGGUUGGGCCGUCACCACCGGUGCCGGUAUUGCUGCCUACCCUCUCGACACUAUCCGUCGUCGUAUGAUGAUGACCUCCGGUGAGGCCGUCAAGUACAAGAACUCUUUCGAUGCUGCCCGCCAGAUCAUUGCCAAGAACGGUGUCAAGUCCCUGUUCAACGGUGCUGGUGCCAACAUUCUCCGUGGUGUUGCCGGUGCUGGUGUCCUGUCCAUCUACGAUCAGCUCCAGCUCCUCCUCUUCGGAAAGGCCUUCUCUGGUGGCUCUGGUUAA